AUGGCAGAGAGCAAGUGUCCAGCUACUCGCCUGAUGAACACUGGCGGCGGCGGCACCAAGAACCGCGAUUGGUGGCCCGAUGCUUUGAAGCUUAACAUUCUUCGCCAACACACCCCCGUCACCAAUCCUUUGGGCCAGGAGUUCGACUAUGUCGCAGCUUUCAAGACCAUUGACUAUGAGGGUCUCAAGAAGGACCUCACGGCCUUGAUGACCGAUUCUCAAGAUUGGUGGCCCGCUGACUUUGGCCACUACGGUGGUCUUUUUAUUCGCAUGGCCUGGCACAGCGCCGGCACCUACCGUGUCCACGACGGCCGUGGAGGUGGUGGAGAGGGUCAGCAACGAUUUGCCCCGCUCAACAGUUGGCCAGACAAUGUCAGUCUUGACAAGGCUCGCCGUCUGUUGUGGCCUAUUAAGCAAAAGUAUGGUAACAAGAUCUCGUGGGCCGAUCUCAUGAUCUUGGCCGGCAAUGUAGCCCUCGAGUCCAUGGGUUUCAAGACUGCUGGCUUCUCCGGUGGCCGUCCUGAUACCUGGGAGGCUGAUGAGUCUGUCUACUGGGGUGGCGAGACCACAUGGCUGGGCAACAAUGUGCGUUAUGCCCACGGUCAUGAGGGCAAGUCCGGCUCCGGAGUCUUGGACGGCUCGCAAGAGACCACAACCGAUAUUCACAACCGCGAGCUCGAGUCCCCGCUCGGUGCUGCGCACAUGGGUCUGAUUUACGUGAACCCAGAGGGUCCGGAUGGCAACCCAGACCCUGUUGCCGCUGCCCGAGACAUUCGUGUCACUUUUGGCCGCAUGGCCAUGAACGAUGAGGAGACCGUUGCCCUCAUUGCCGGAGGUCACUCCUUCGGUAAGACUCACGGUGCCGCCCCCGACAGCAAUGUUGAGGCGGAGCCCGAAGGUGCCCCCAUUGAGCAGCAGGGCCUGGGAUGGAAGAACAAGCACGGCUCUGGAAAGGGCCCCGACACCAUCACCUCUGGUCUCGAAGUCACUUGGACCGCGACACCGACCAAGUGGAGCAACAAGUACUUUGAGUACCUUUUCCAAUUCGACUGGGAGCUCACCAAGAGUCCUGCGGGAGCCAACCAGUGGGUGGCGAAGAAUGCCGAUCGCAUCAUCCCCGAUGCCUUCGACCCCAACAAGAAGCACCUUCCUACCAUGCUGACCACCGAUCUGUCGCUUCGCUUCGAUCCGGAGUACGAGAAGAUCUCGCGCCGCUUCCUCGAGAACCCUGACCAGUUCGCCGACGCCUUUGCCAGGGCCUGGUUCAAGCUGACGCACCGUGACAUGGGCCCCCGAUCCCGCUACGUCGGCCCCGAGGUUCCUACCGAGGAGUUCGUCUGGCAGGACCCCGUCCCUGCCGUCAACCACCCUGUGAUUGACGACCGUGACGCUGCUGCUCUGAAGAAGGAAAUUCUCAGCACCGGUAUUGACCCUUCCAAGUUCAUUUCCACUGCCUGGGCUUCUGCUUCUACAUUCCGUGGAAGUGACAAGCGCGGCGGCGCCAACGGUGCCCGCAUCCGCCUCGCUCCUCAGAAGGACUGGGAGGUCAACAACCCUGCUCACCUCCAGAAGGUCCUACAGGCGCUCGAGCAGGUUCAGCAAAAGUUCAACAGCUCCGCUUCCGGCGGCAAGAAGGUUUCGCUGGCCGACUUGAUUGUGCUUGCAGGUGUCGCUGGUGUCGAGCAGGCCGCUCGCAACGCGGGUCACGAGAUCACUGUUCCCUUCACACCAGGCCGUACCGAUGCCUCCCAGGAGCAGACUGAUGUCGAAUCAGUCGACCACCUGAAACCUUUCGCCGACGGCUUCCGCAACUACGGCAAAUCCACCAAGCGCGUCCCGGCUGAGAACUAUCUCGUCGACAGGGCACAGCUCCUCACCCUCUCAGCACCCGAGCUUACAGUCUUGGUCGGCGGUCUGCGUGUGCUGAACACCAACUAUGACGGCUCCAAGCACGGCGUGUUCACAAGCCGCCCUGGUGCCCUGACGAACGACUUCUUCGUCAACCUGCUCGAUAUGGGCACUGAGUGGAAGGCUACCAGCAACCCUGACGUCUUCGAGGGCAGUGACCGUAAGAGCGGUGCCAAGAAGUGGACCGCCACCCGUGUCGAUCUCAUCUUUGGUUCUCAGGCCGAGCUGCGUGCUGUUGCUGAGAUUUACGGCCAGGCUGACGGCGGCCAGAAGUUUGUCAACGACUUCGUCAGAGCCUGGGAUAAGGUCAUGAACUUGGAUCGUUUCGACGUGAAGAAGAACUCCAACCUUCCCAGCCGUCUUUAA